GCAUGCGCAAGAGGCCCUGCCCACAAGGCGGAAUGGCGGCGCGGGAGCCGCGCACCUGAGGGCGGGAUGAAGGAGUGGUGGGUGCAGGUGGGGCUGCUCAGCGUCCCGCUCCUGGCCGUGUACCUACACAUCCCACCCCCACGGCUCUCCCCAGCGCUGCUCUCCUGGAAGGCCUCUGGAGCUUUCUUCACCUACAAACACCAAAGCAUCUUCUAUAGAGAUUCCACUGGUGCUGUGGGCAGCUCUGACGUUGUCAUCCUCCUGCAUGGCUUCCCCACCUCCAGCUACGACUGGAGCAAGAUAUGGGAAGGACUGACCCAACGUUUCCACCGGGUGAUUGCUCUGGAUUUUGUAGGGUUCGGGUUCAGUGACAAGCCUAGGCCCCACCACUACUCCAUCUUUGAGCAAGCCAGCAUCGUUGAGCGGCUGGUGCGUCACCUUGGCCUCCACCACCAGAGGAUAAACCUCCUGUCCCACGAUUAUGGGGAUACGGUUGCACAGGAGCUGCUCCACAGGUAUGAGCACAAUAAAACAGGCAGCAUCCUGAUCAACAGCCUCUGCUUGUCCAACGGAGGAAUUUUCCCCGAAACGUACUACCCCAGAUUCAUACAGAAGGUUCUCAAGGAUGGGGGCUUGCUGUCCCCCAUCAUCACGAGGUUGAUGAACUUCUUCUUCUUCUCCAGAGGGCUUGGAGCUGUCUUUGGGCCAUACACACAGCCCUCACAGGCAGAGUACUGGGACAUGUGGACGGCGGUGAGGACCAACGACGGCAAUCUCGUUGUGGACAGUAUUUUGCAGUACAUAAACCAGAGGAAGAAGCACAGAGACCGCUGGGUUGGUGCUUUGAUGUCCACCUCUGUCCCAUUGCAUUUAAUCUAUGGGCCCCUGGACCCUGUGAAUCCACACCCAGAGUUUCUCCAGCUUUACAAAAAAGUGCUUCCCAUGUCCACAGUGUCGGUGCUGGAUGACCACAUCAGCCACUACCCCCAGCUGGAGGAUCCAACAGGCUUCCUGAAUGCGUAUUUGAACUUCAUCAACUCCUUCUGAGCUGCUGCAGCUCUGUUCUCUCUCUUUACAGCUCAAGAGACCUUGAUUUUUAUCUCCAGAUACAAGACUUUGGAUCUGUAAACCCCCAAAGUACAGACAGCGAUGCUAUGCUGUAUUUGCACCUGUCGAGGGGCAUCUAAGCACCAUAAUUUUGGCUUUGGUAAUCUCUUUUCACAAGGAAGUCAGCACAAAAUCCCUCCUUCCCCCUCUAUUUUCAGCUUUUGAUGAAGGACUUUUCACAGCUUGAAGCCCAGGAGAAAGCUGCAGUGGUGUUUGGUAUCACCUGACAAGGUUCAGAGAAUUGUUAUUCUGCAGUACAAAAGGAAUAUGCCAGUCAUAGGUAAAGUUUAAUCUCUAUACACAUUGGGUUUUUUUGUCUCUAUUUUACACAAAAUUAUUUAAAAAUUGUACGUUUAUGGGCUAGCAGAGUCUGCAGGUUUUGUGUGUUUUUUAAUGACUUAAAUUUAACAGCAGCCCUUUAGGAGUAAGGGGCUUCUGCUGAGUAAACAGCCCUGAUGGGUUCAUUUUUUGAAUUGAAGACUUGGAAGCAGACAGAAUUAGAAGAAGAAUUUUCUAUUUUAUUGACAGUCAUUCAUAGGAAUUCUACCACUUGGACCAGUGUUUAUUUUCUGUUAAUAAAAAUCAGUUUUGACAAAAA